AUGUCCGACACGGAUGCUCAGUGGGGACCAGAGAUGCAUAACCAAUACGAGUCCCACCACCGCCACCCUGAAUUGAUGAGAGAGGGUCCAACAAUGGAUGCAUUGUUCUACACCAACGCCACACUCAGUACAGCAUAUGCCACACCUCCUCUAGAAAGACCAACCAUACAUCAGACCCUGCCCCAGCCCCCGGUCAAAACCCAACCAACCAUAGGCAGCAUCAACCGAGCCAUCGAACCAGCAUAG